AGUCCUAAUUUUUACGAUUACAGUUCGGUUUGCUUGCAUUUAUUGAAAAAUCGUAAAAAAAUCAACAAACUAUGAAUCGAAAGGAUAAAAGAGAAGAUGAAGAUGGUGUACUCAGCAUCUUUCAGAAUCUAGAUAAAACAACGCUGAUUCAAGAAGCAAGAUAUUUCAACUCAACACCAGUGUACCCACGAAAAUGUAUUCAUAUUUUAACGAAAAUAAUUUUUUUGUUGAACCAAGGGGAGAAACUAACCACCCAAGAGGCAACCGACAUGUUUUUUGCAACGACGAAACUAUUCCAAUCCCAGGAUAUUGUUCUACGUCGACUGGUUUACCUAUGCAUCAAAGAGUUGAGUCCUAUGGCUCAAGACGUGAUUAUCGUAACUUCUUCGCUUACCAAAGAUAUGACUGGCAAAGAGGAUUUGUACCGAGCAUCGGCUAUUCGUGCGUUAUGUUGUAUAAGCGAUAGUACAAUGUUGCAAGCUAUAGAACGUUAUAUGAAACAAGCAAUUGUUGACAAGAACCCUGCUGUCAGCUCUGCUGCUUUGGUGUCUACACUGCAUUGGUCUGCUAGUGUCCCAGACCUAGUGAAGCGAUGGGUGAAUGAGGCACAGGAGGCCAUCAUGUCUGAUAAUACAAUGGUAUCCUACCAUGCAUUAGCUGUGGUUGCAAGUUGUCGUCGCAACGAUCGGUUAUCUUUGGUAAAACUUAUUACAAAACUAUCCCGCGCAUCGCUUCGCUCUCCGUAUGCCCUUUGCCUUCUCAUCCGUCAUGCUGCUAAAUUGGCAGAAGAAGAUGAAACCGAUGCAGCCGAAAGUUUAAUGACUUUUAUUGAAUCUUGUUUAAGGCAUAAAUCUGAGAUAGUAAUUUAUGAAGCCGCUCAUGCACUUGUCAAUUUAAAUAAGACGACGAAUGGUCUUAGUAAUGCAGUUUCUGUUCUGCAAUUAUUUUGCACUUCUUCGAAAGCUACAUUGCGCCUCGCUGGUGCCCGCACACUAGCUAAAUUGGCGGCUAAGCACCCGAAUGCUGUUGCCGAUUGUGCUGUGGAUUUGGAAAAUUUAAUUUCAGAUCCUAAUCGCUCUGUAGCUACAUUAGCAGUCACUACUCUUCUUGCCACAGGUGCGAAAAGCUCUAUCGAUCGUUUAAUAAAACAAAUACCAGGAUUUCUGUCUGAGAUAUCGGAUGAUUUUAAAAUUGUUGUGGUUCAAGCAAUCCGACGCCUGUGCUCAAAAUUUCCAAGCAAACAUCAAUCUUUUUCAACCGUUUUGUCGGACAUGCUAAGAGAAGAAGGAGGUCUUCAAUAUAAAACAGCUAUUGCUGAUGCUAUCAUAUCAUUAGUUGAAGAAAAUCUAGAUGCAAAAGAAACAUGUUUGGCUCAUCUUUGCGAGUUUAUUGAGGAUUGUGAGCACUCAUCCUUAGCUGUGCGCAUUUUGCAUGUUCUCGGUCGUGAGGGACCCAAAGCUCGUCAACCGUCAAGGUACAUUAGGUACAUUUAUAACAGAGUGAUAUUGGAAGCUGGUGCAGUUCGUGCUGCUGCUGUAUCGACAGUAGCUCGUUUUGGAGCCACCCGACCAGAACUUCUUCCUAACGUAAGGGUCUUAUUGGCUCGUUGUCAAUUGGACGACGAAGAUGAAGUUCGGGAUCGAGCUAUUUACUAUAGCGCUAUUUUAGAUUCGGAGAAUCCGCAACUGAUCAACGACUAUAUUAUUAAUGUGCCGAUCCCUAAUCCAGUGCUCCUAGAAAAGGCACUGAAUGAUUACCUCAAUUCUACACCAGAAGAACCAUUUAACAUUGCCUCAGUACCAUCUGUGGAAGACCCACAAGAAACCAAAGACGCUUUAAUAGAAAUUGAAACGUGUAAGUUACCAAUAAUAUCGCGCGAGGAAAAAUAUGCCGAAGAAUUGAACGUUGUUCCUGGCAUUGAAAAACUUGGGCCCAUAUUUAAAACUUGCGAAAGUGUCGAUUUGACUGAGCCUGAAACAGAAUAUCGUGUGCGUUGCGUGAAGCACAUCUUUGAGCGCCACAUAAUUUUACAGUUUGAAUGUUUGAAUACACUUAGCAACAUGCUUUUAGAAAAUGUACAUAUUCGCUUGGAUUCUAUCUCUGGAUAUAAAUUCUUAUGUGAAGUUCCUUGUGGUCAAUUAGUGUUUGACAAACAAGAUAGUAUUUUCUGUUUAUUGGAAUUCCCUGAAAGCCCUAUAGAAACACUGGGCUCAUUUGGCGCAGUACUAGAAUUUGUUUGUGUUGAUUGCGAUCCAACUACUGGUUUACCUGAUGGCAGCGAAGGCUAUGCUGAUACAUAUCCACUAGAAGACGUGGAAGUUGCAUGUGCGGAUCAAUUUAGGGCAAGAGCUGCUACUAAUGAUUGGGAAGCUUCUUGGGAACGGGCUGCUUCUUCAGCUGAAGCUUGUGACACGUUCGGACUAUCUCAAAGAGACGUCAGUGAAGCUACCAUUGCUGUUUGUGAACACUUAGGUUUACCGAAAUCUGCAAUUAGUGGAGACGCUGUGAAAGAGAUCCGCGGUGGAGGUUUAUGGCGAGGUGGUGCACCUAUUCUUAUAAGAGCUCGUUUGGUGGCUGCGCAAGGAGCAGUCACUAUGCAGCUGACGGCUCGCUCAACCCGGGUGGAUAUUGCUACUUUAUUAUUGGCAGCAAUAGGUUAAUUAUACACGUAUACGGUUUUUAUUUUAUAUCUGACUACCUUGCUGUGCCUUCUUUUUACCGAAUUUUCUAUUUGUAGUAAUCAAUGAAAUUUCUUCAAGGGCCGUCGGCUACUGUUCGGACGGUACUGCAAGGCAUUAUGCAGGAAAACGACCUGGCAAUCCACCAGUGGUGGUCACUGUCGCCCAUGGACACAUGCAGCACAAAGUAUUACGCUACAAAUCGACAUAACAUUAUGAUUGUUAGAUUUCAAUGUCGCUGGUUGUUGGUGCCAGGUUUUUCUCUUAUAUAAUUUGUUGAUGCGUUGCAUUAAAAUCCCUUACCAUGCUAUGCCCUCAGUGGCGGCCCCAGUCCUACUACAACUAAGCUAACAAUGGUGUCGAUUCUAGCAUGAUUCUCUAAACCUAAACUUGACAAUAGUGUAUGUAUGUGUAUGUCUUUAUCUAUACAGAGUGAAAAGGAGAGACUGAUGUUAAAUUUAGGUUUAACUAUAGAGAAUCAUACCAUAAUUGACACCAAUGAAGACAAAUUUUACCACAGCUAUUUGUAAACUGUUUUCUAUUUGUAAAUAUUUUGAAAUCCAAUUGGUGACAAUAUUAGCGUUUUGGUAAAUUAGAAUAUCUUUAAUUAAAAUAAGUCAGUAUAAGAAAGAUUUCGUAUAUUAAAUAAUUAUUGAAGUUGUUAUCCAUUAUAUAUGUUACAAUUAUUGUUUGUAACAUAUUUGUGUUGCUAAGAUACCAAAGACUUUAUAUUAUUUAUAAAAUAGGAAAACUUUCACUGACUAUGUUAUUAUGUUUAUUAAGAAAACUAUGUCUUAUUGAAUAAGUAUCAUUACUGUAAUACAAUUUAAUAAUCAAGUUAACUGGGGAAUGGUACAACCGCCCUAAUGUUGUAAUAUCAAUAAAUUAGAUAGAUGUUAUCACAUAGUUGUUUCAGUAAUUCGAU